AUGGGUUUACGUGCACUGGCGGGCACUCUAUCUCCAGCAGCAGCAGCUUCCAUCCUAGGUCAGAACGGUCAUUCUGGACAACAAUCGAAUGGGAAUGCCCUAGUCCUUCGAGUACCGGUCCCACUCGCUCCUGGUAACGGACGUCGUUCAGUUCAGAUUGAGGACGAAGUUGCCGGGGCUGCGGGGGCCCAUGGUGACACUAUCGAAUCUGAUCUGGACGGACCUAGAAGGCGUCAAUCCCUCCCUACCACCUUUGCCUCGCCUGCUGUGCCAGUAGGUUGUGUGAAUUUGACUACUUUGGAAAUUGCCCGUUGCUCAGCCGUGACCGAUAUCGGGCUAACCGCAAUCGCCCGCGUCUGCCACAAGUUAGAAAAACUGGAUCUGGAAGACUGUGGUCUGGUAACGGACACCACCCUGGCUCAGUUGGCUGUACAUUGUCCCCAACUAAACAAUUUGAUCCUGUCCCAUUGUGAUCAAAUUACUGACGAAGGAAUCGCACGUUUGGCAGAGAGUCUGUGUGGUCACGAUCAUUUGCAAGAGUUAGCCAUGGAUAAUUGUCCCCUACUCACUGACACCGCACUGGAACAUUUGGGCAGCAAUUGUCGUCGUUUGCAGCGGUUAGACCUGUACGACUGUCAACUGAUUACCAAGCAAGGGAUUUCCAAUUUGGAAGUGAGUUCCUAA